AGCUUAGAGCUGCAAUUUGUGAACCAGCUGUGAUGAAAUCGCGCUCUGGACGAAUCAGAUGCGCCUGUCAACUUCCCAGGUGGGAUUGCUUGGAGUUAAUAGACUGAACAAGAGCCCCGAACAAACGCAGUGCUUUCAGGGCACGCAAAGAACACCCUACAGAGGCUUUCCAAGAAUCCCUCGGCAUGGCAAGAAAAGGCUCUUUCGGGUCAUACCAGGUAAUAUCCCUGUUCACUUUUGCCAUCGGUGUCAAUAUCUGCUUAGGAUUCACAGCAAGUCGAAUCAAGAGGGCAGAAUGGGAUGAAGGAUCUCCCACAGUGUUAUCUGACUCUCCAUGGACCAACAUAUCUGGAUCCUGCAAGGGUAGAUGCUUUGAACUUCAAGAGGCUGGACCUCCCGACUGUCGGUGUGACAACCUAUGCAAGAGCUACAGCAGCUGCUGUCAUGACUUUGAUGAGCUCUGCUUGAAAACAGCUCGUGGCUGGGAGUGCACCAAAGACAGAUGUGGAGAAGUACGAAAUGAGGAGAAUGCUUGUCACUGCUCAGAAGACUGCCUGUCCAGGGGAGACUGCUGUACCAAUUACCAAGUGGUCUGCAAAGGAGAAUCGCACUGGGUAGAUGACGACUGUGAAGAAAUAAAGGCUCCCGAAUGCCCUGCAGGGUUUGUCCGCCCUCCAUUAAUCAUCUUCUCUGUGGAUGGGUUCCGUGCAUCAUACAUGAAGAAAGGCAGCAAGGUCAUGCCUAAUAUUGAGAAACUGCGAUCCUGUGGCACACAUGCUCCCUAUAUGAGGCCUGUGUACCCCACAAAGACCUUCCCUAAUCUAUAUACUUUGGCCACUGGUUUAUAUCCAGAAUCCCAUGGAAUCGUUGGCAAUUCAAUGUAUGAUCCUGUAUUCGAUGCUACUUUCCAUCUUCGAGGGCGAGAGAAGUUUAAUCAUCGAUGGUGGGGUGGUCAACCACUAUGGAUUACAGCCAUCAAGCAAGGGGUGAGAGCCGGAACAUUCUUUUGGUCUGUGACCAUCCCUCAUGAGCGGAGAAUCCUAACCAUCCUACAGUGGCUUUCACUGCCAGACAAUGAGAGGCCUUCAGUCUAUGCUUUCUAUUCUGAGCAGCCUGAUUUCUCUGGACACAAAUAUGGCCCUUUUGGCCCUGAGAUGACAAAUCCUCUGAGGGAGAUUGACAAAACCGUGGGGCAGUUAAUGGAUGGACUGAAACAACUCAAGCUGCAUCGGUGUGUGAAUGUUAUCUUCGUUGGAGACCAUGGAAUGGAAGACGUGACAUGUGACAGAACCGAGUUCUUGAGCAACUAUCUGACUAAUGUGGAUGAUAUUACUUUAGUGCCUGGAACUCUAGGAAGAAUUCGAUCAAAAUUUAGCAAUAAUCCUAAAUAUGACCCUAAAGCCAUUAUUGCUAAUCUCACGUGUAAAAAACCAGAUCAGCACUUUAAGCCUUACAUGAAACAGCAUCUCCCCAAACGUUUGCACUAUGCCAACAACAGGAGAAUUGAGGAUAUCCAUUUGUUGGUGGAUCGCAGAUGGCAUGUAGCAAGGAAACCUUUGGAUGUUUAUAAGAAGCCAUCAGGAAAAUGUUUUUUCCAGGGUGACCAUGGCUUUGACAACAAAGUCAACAGUAUGCAGACUGUUUUUGUAGGUUAUGGCCCAACUUUUAAGUACAGGACGAAAGUGCCUCCAUUUGAAAACAUUGAGCUUUACAAUGUUAUGUGUGAUCUCCUAGGAUUGAAGCCGGCUCCCAAUAACGGAACUCAUGGAAGUUUGAAUCACCUAUUGCGUACAAAUACCUUUAGGCCAACCAUACCAGAGGAAGUCACCAGACCCAACUAUCCAGGGAUAAUGUACCUCCAGUCUGAUUUUGACCUGGGCUGCACCUGUGAUGAUAAGGUAGAGCCAAAGAACAAAUUGGACGAGCUCAAUAAACGUCUUCACAUCAAAGGGUCUACAGAAGAGAGACAUCUCCUGUAUGGACGACCUGCUGUGCUUUAUCGGACUAGAUACGAUAUCUUAUACCACACGGAUUUUGAAAGUGGUUAUAGUGAAAUACUAUUAAUGCCUCUCUGGACAUCAUAUACCUUUUCUAAGCAGGCUGAGGUCUCCAGCAUCCCCGAGCAUCUGACCCACUGCGUUCGCCCUGAUGUCCGUGUGUCUCCAGAAUUCAGUCAGAACUGUUUGGCCUAUAAAAACGAUAAACAGAUGUCAUAUGGAUUCCUUUUUCCUCCCUAUCUGAGCUCUUCCCCAGAAGCUAAAUAUGAUGCAUUCCUUGUAACCAACAUGGUUCCAAUGUAUCCUGCUUUCAGACGUAUCUGGACUUAUUUCCAAAGGGUUUUGGUGAAGAAAUAUGCUUCAGAAAGGAAUGGAGUCAAUGUAAUAAGUGGACCAAUUUUUGACUACAAUUAUGAUGGCUUACGUGACACUGAGGAUGAAAUCAAACAGUAUGUGGAAGGCAGCUCUAUUCCUGUGCCAACUCAUUACUACAGCAUCAUCACCAGCUGCCUAGACUUCACUCAGCCUGCAGACAAGUGUGAUGGUCCACUCUCCGUGUCCUCUUUCAUCCUUCCUCACCGACCCGACAACGAUGAGAGCUGCAAUAGCUUAGAGGAUGAGUCCAAGUGGGUAGAGGAACUCAUGAAGAUGCACACAGCUCGGGUGCGGGACAUUGAGCAUCUCACCGGUUUGGACUUCUACCGGAAGACUAGUCGUAGCUAUUCAGAAAUUCUGACACUCAAGACAUACCUGCAUACGUACGAGAGUGAGAUUUAAAUCUCUGGGCAUGUGCAGUGUAGUCUCAGCAACUGGUGUAUAUUUUUAUAUUGUGUUUGUAUUUAUUAAUUUGAAGCAGGACAUUUAAAGAAAAAACACUUAGUAUUUUAAUCUUCUACCAAAUCUGACAUAUUAAGCCUGAAUGACUGCUAUUUUUCCUCUAAUGCUUGAUUUAGAGUAGAGCUUGUAGUGAACACUGCGGCUCAUGAUCCAAGUAGAAGCUUCCACACGGUGCUGUAGACUAAACAUUUGCAUCGAGGAAAUAUGAAUUUUCUGUGCAUAGUCACUACAUGUAGUCCUGUUCUAUAGUGAAACACUGAUUGUGUAAAGUUGCAUUCAUUUGCUGUUAACUUUGACAGACAUAUUUAAGCCUCAUAGACCAAUCUUAAAUAUAAUAAAUCACAUGUUCAGAUUU